AGCGGCUGAGCUGUUUAAAGACAAAGACCUUCACCUUCCCCUUACUGUGGUACUUUCAUCUUAUAUGAGCAGCAAAGGAGUCCAGCAGGUGGGCUUGUCGUUGCUUUGCAAGCUCAUUGAAAUAUGCCCAAACACACUGGAGGAGCUUACCAGACCCCUGCAGGCCAGCGGGGAGUGGGAGGUACUGGGACUGCACCAGCAGAUCCUGAAGGUCCUUUCUCAGCAUAUUGCCGACCCUGAAGUGACCGUGGUUGGAUUUAGAGCCCUGGCACUAAUGCUCAGAUCGGAUCCAGUUCCUCUGCUGGUUCUUGAAGAAGAGGAGGAUGUGUUCAGUCUGGUUGUGCAGGUGAUGAAGACGUUUCCUACCAAUGAGGAGCUCCAGUUCCAAGGUUGCAAAGCUCUGCAGCUGUUGCUGGACAGAGUGAGUGAUGAUCAUCUACUGGAGUUUGUGGAAAACCAGGACCACCAUGUGGUUCUUGCAGCUCUGCAGAACUUCUCUGACAGCCCUGAGCUUCUCAUACAGGCCAUCAAAGUGUUGCUCCCUCUGGCUGGCCCAGCCAGUAACGUGGAGGUGUUGAUGUCAGGAGGCACUCGGUGUUACAGCAUAGUCAUCUCUGCCAUGGACGCCUUCCCUGAGGUGGAGGAGCUGCAGGAGGUGGCCUGCCUGCUGUUGAGGAGGUUCACUUCAGAGAGUUUCUACAACAUCCUGGUGCUGAACGGAGUCCAGAGAGUCUGUCUGAGAGCAUGUCAGACGUUUCCCGAUAACGCUGCCCUGCAAGCCGCUGCACUCUCCUGCCUGGCUGACUUGACUGCAACCAUCGUGCAGAGCAAGGCGGUGGCUGAGCAGGGUCUGGAGGAAGGAGAGCUGGAAGCAGAGAGAGGCAUGGAGGAGGUGGAGGACAUGGGCCUGGGCUGGAUGGAAGACUGCUGCACCGCGCUGGAGCUCCAUGCAGCUGAGCAGGCUGUUCAGGAAGCAGCAAGCUGGGCCAUUCAUAAUCUGCUGUUGAACGGAGCUCAAGUAAACCCUUCAGAAGAGGAGCUAGAGGGCAGGACUCCUGUUCACAGGCGGUUAAUGGCUGCAAUGCUGCUGCACCCGUCCUCUCCCAGUGUGUUCAUCGCAGCCACCAGCGCCAUCGCCACGCUCAUUACAAACAACAGUAAAAUGAGCUCCUUGUUGCUGUCUGGAGGCCUCCAUGUUAAUCUGGUGGAGAUGAUGAGGAGACACGCAGGUUCAGCAGAUGUUUCCAUCAGCGCAUGCAAGUUGUUAAAGCUGCUUUUCUAUGGAAGGACCGCCAGCCUGGACGAGCUGAACAUGGCCAUGAGCCAGAUCCUCACAACCAUGAAGGUCCAUAACUUCCAUUCAGAGGUCCAGCUGGCAGCUCUGGAGGCCAGUCUGAUCUUCCUUUGCCCAGACAGGAGUUUAAGGGAGAACGGGGCGUCUGUUGCAGAUCCUGACAUGGCCGAUGUGUCGCUCAGAGUCCUGAAGAACCAGUGUGUGUUGGAGGGAGCUCACACACUCUACCUGGAGGUCCUCAACAGGUUCAUCAGGAGACCCAUCCUGCAGCAGUGUGGCCUGAAGGUGCUGUCAUCCCUGGCUGACUGCUCGGGUGCAGUGGAUCUGUUGUGCCAGCAGGGGGCGAUAGACACAGUGCUCCAUACACUACAGAUGUUCCCAAAGGAGCGAGAGAUACACUACUGGGGUCUAACCCUGCUUAGCUACCUGGUGGUGAAGAAGAAGCUGUCGAGGAUGAUGGUGCCGAUCCUGGCGUCUGUUGUGGUAGCCUCCCUCAGUCAGUACAGAAACGAUUCAGAGAUGGUGUUGAAGUGUUUUCAGGUGGCGCUGAGGAUGUUGGACGCCUGCUCAGGGGCAGCAGCUGAACUGCAAAGGGAAAACUUCGACAGACAGAUCUUCCAGCACCUCAGGCAGGAUAGUGAGCAGACCGUCAGCCCACUGCGGAAAACGGCGUGUCUCGCUUUGUCCAAGAUGUGGUGCGACUCUGAGCUACACUACAGCAUGCUGGAAAAGGCCUGCAUGGAUGGCGACACCAUGAUGGCAGAGUGCCUCAUUGAGCUGGGCGCUGACAUCAACAAGAAGACAAAAAAUGAGUCGCUCGUUUAUCAGGUGUGUGAGAAAGGUGGUCCUCUGGAGCUGGUGGAACUCCUGGUGAGCAGAGGCGCUCCUGAGCAGUCCCUCCGCAGGGCUCUGGCUGUGAGCGUGAAGAGGGGCGAUGGGCCAAUUGUUAUCCUGCUGCUCGGCCGGCUCGGUCUGGACCUCAACAACAGCGCCCUCUGCCUCGGAGGCUUCAGGCUCGGCCGACUGGAUGCGGCCUGGCUGAGUCCUCUGCUGGCUGAUCGGAGCAGGGCCAACAGUCUGCGUUACAACAGUAAAGGUGUAAGCUUGGCGAGGUACAUUCAGUCUCUGCAGAGGUCAAAGGGCGUCGUUGCUUUUUCCAGACUAAUGUCAGACCAGUGUCUGACUUCUGGUUACAUAUCAGAUGAAAGCGACGACUCCAGCUUCAGCGCCGUGUCUAUGGAUGACAGCUUGUUCAUGAACGACGAUAUAGAGAGUGACGGAAGUGAUUCAUUGCUGGGGGCUUUCUCUCCAAAGUCCAAAAACAGCUCAGCAGAGGAGCUUAGGGGAGACUCCUUCAAAAAGAAGCAGGGACGCCACAGACACCCCAGCUCAGAGAGUCCUCAAGCUGAAAGUGAAAACAGUGAACCUAUACACAGAAGAUUUGUACGGACUAACUCUAAGUCAGUGUUGUAUGGCGAGAACUCUGCUGCUCUGCCCAAAGAAAAGGAGAGAAUUCGCCUCCUGGAUUUGUCCGGGAACGAGUUGGGCUCUCUGUCCUGUCUCCAGGACGAUGCUUUUGUCCAACAGCAGCUGUGGCACGUCAUUCGUUUGGACCUGAGCAACAACGGUCUGCCGGAGUUCCCAUCUGCCAUCUGCCAGAGUUUAAGCAGCCUGACCCGACUGGACCUGCAGGGUAACCAGCUUCAGUUGUUGCCAGACGGCCUGCUGGCGCUGCCCUCACUGAGAAUGCUCAAUGUCUCCCGUAACCUCAUCGGUCCUGUGCUGAGCUUCCAUCCUGCUGUCACCUGCCCCUCACUGAGGCAGCUCAAUCUGUCGUUCAAUAAAAUCACCACAUUCCCCUACGAGCUGGGCCAGACUAUGGAAAAGCUGGAGGAGCUGUUCAUGGAGGGUAACAGUUUAACUGACCUGUGCUCUGCUGUAAAUCUCCCGGAGUUGAAGCUGCUGGAUGUGAGCAAGAAUAACGUUGAGAAUAUUUCUCCUGAGUUCCUGACCGGCUGCCCCAAACUGGAAACCUUGAAUGCUUCAAUGAACAAAAUCUGUUCCCUUUCACUGCUGCCUUCCAAGUUGAUGACAUUGAAGCUGGCAAACAACAACUUCAAUCACAUUCCUGAGGCCAUACUCCAUCUACCAAACUUACGUUCAGUGGACAUGAGGACCAACAGCAUUGCUGUUCUGCCCGGCCCGGGAUGCUGGGCGUCCCGUAAUAUCAGAGAGCUGAUGUUCAGUCAGAACUGCAUCAAAGGCCUGGAUCUGAGUGGACCAAUCUACAGAUGGGCAAGACUGGAGAAACUUCAUCUGAGUGACAACAAGCUGAGUGAGAUCCCGCCACAGAUCGGCAUGAUGGAAGGACUGACGUCUCUGGAUGUGAGUCGUAACUCUAACCUCAGGUCCUUCCCGAAUGAGAUGGGGAAGCUGGGCAGACUGUGGGACCUGCCACUGGACGGCCUUCGACUGGAGCUGGACCUGAAAGUUCUUGGCAACAAGACCAAAGAUGUAGUCAGGUUCCUGCAGCAGCGGCUAAAGAAGGCAGUGCCGUACCACCGCAUGAAACUCAUUGUAGUUGGGAACACCGGCUGUGGGAAGAGCACCCUUGUCAGGCAGCUGAUGAAGCUGAAACGCUGUCAGCAGAACUCAAAGCAGAGUGCUGUCGACGUUUUUGACUGGACCAUCAAGGAACGGGACAAGAAGAAAAUGUUGCUGAAUGUCUGGGACUUCUCAGGUGGAGCGGAGCUGACUGGCUCUCAUCCUCUCUUUUUGACAUCCAGAGCUCUCUACUUGGUUGUUUACAACCUCAGUAAAGGAGCCAGUCAGGUGGAUGCUAUCAAACCAUGGCUCUUCAACAUUAAAGCAGUGGCUCCACUUUCUCCAGUCAUCCUCAUUGGAACUCACACUGAUGUGAGUGAGGAGCUGCAGCUUCAGUCCUGCCUAAGUAAAAUCAGAGCGGAGCUGCUUAACCAUCAGAGCUUCCCGGCCAUCAGAGAUUAUCACAUGGUCUCACUUUGUGAGGAUUCUGACUCCAUUGUCAGACUUCGCAAAGCAAUCAUCAGAGAGGUCACCAGCUUCAAGAUCCAGGGCCAGCAGAUUAUGGGUCAGUUGGUGCCGGACAGUUAUGUAGAGCUGGAACGCAGAAUCCUCCAGGAAAGGACCAAAGUCCCACCAGAGUUUCCUGUCCUCAAGCACGAUAAGCUUCUGCAGCUUAUCCAGGAAAGUCAGCUGCAGCUGGAGGAAGCUGAGCUGCCUCACGCCGUUCAUUUCCUUAGUGAAGUUGGCAUUUUAUUGCAUUUUGACGACCCUGCGCUUCAACUUCGAGAACUUUAUUUUCUUGACCCUCAAUGGUUGUGUAACAUUCUAUCUCAGAAACUGACAUUAAAGAGCUGUGGCCUCUUGGAGCAACCAAAAGGAGUGGUUCAACGUUCUGUUGUGGAAAGAUUUCUGUUGGAGACCAAAUGUUUCCCAAAGAGCCACAUUGUCCAGUUCUUUAAACUUUUGGAGAAGUUUCAGAUUGCCCUUCCGUUUGGUGAGGACCAGCUGUUGGUACCCAGCAGUUUGUCCAAACACAGACCAGUUAUAGAGCUACCACACUGUGAGAACUCUGAGGUCAUUAUACGUCUGUAUGAGAUGCCGUACUUCCCCAUGGAUUUUUGGUCCCGGCAGAUAAGUCGCCUUUUAGAGGUUUCUUCGUAUUUGCUCUGUGGAAGAGAAAAGGUGCUUCGACCCAACAGGAUUUACUGGAGGCAAGGUAUUUACCUUAACUGGUCGUCUGAAGCUUACUGUCUCAUGGAAGCCGCCUCAGAAGAGCAGAAUCCAUCCAGCUUUGUCAGGAUAACCGUGCCUUCAUCUCGAAAAGGCCGGGUUUUACUGGGCCAAGUGGUGGACCAUGUCGACUCUGUACUAGAGGAGUGGUUUCCAGGUCUGCUCAACACCGACAUGCAUGGCAAUGGAGAAACAUUGCUGAAGAAAUGGGCUCUCUAUAGUUUUGAAGAUGGCCAGGAGUGGAGCAAGAUUCUGCUAGAAGACCUCUGUAAUCAUUUUGAUAAAGAUUUUUUACUGGUGAACCCAGAGGAUCCUCGCUGCUUGAUUCCGAUCUCUCAGAUUGCCCCGGACCUGGUACUGGAUGAUCAACUUGCAGGAACAUUACUGGACAGUGAGGAAUUGGAAGUGGACCUCUCCUUGGAGAACAGACUAGGGGAUGGCGGUUUUGGAACAGUUUAUCGCGGAGUUUAUAAAAAUGAAGAGGUGGCUUUGAAGAUUUUCAACAAACAUGCUUCUGAGCUUUACGUCCACAGACUACUCAGACAGGAGCUGGCAGUCCUGGGCCGUCUCCGUCACCCCAGCCUGGUGGGGCUGCUGGCCGCAAGCUCUGCUCCUCGGGUCCUGGUGAUGGAGCUGGCUCUCAGAGGCUCUCUAGACUCCUUCUUUGGCCAUGAGAAAAGUAGCCUCAACCGAAAACUGCAGCACAGGAUCGCCCUGCAUGUGGCAGAUGGACUAAGGUACCUCCAUUCCGCCAUGAUCAUAUACCGAGAUCUGAAACCCCACAACGUGCUCCUGUUCAACCUGAAAAGCGACUCCGACAUCAUCGCCAAAAUCACAGACUACGGAAUCGCUCAGUACUGCUGCAGCAUGGGAGUGAGGAGCUCCGAGGGAACUCCAGGUUUCCGAGCUCCUGAGGUGGCCCGAGGUAACGUCAUCUACAACCAGCAGGCUGAUGUGUUCUCGUUCGGCCUGCUGCUCUACGACCUGCUGACGAGUGGCGAACGCAUUUCAGACGGGAUGAAGUUCCCCAGUGAGUUUGAUGAAACGGCAGUGCAGGGAAAGCUGCCAGAUCCGGUAAAGCACUACGGCUGCUCACCUUGGCCAAGCUUCCAGGCUCUGAUGACAGAUUGUCUGAAGGAAAGCCCACAGGAUCGUCCCACUUCUGCUCAGGUGUUCGACAGGCUGAAUUCAGGGGAAAUGCUUUGCUUGAUGAGUGAAGUGAAGGUUUCCAGCAUGUUCGGUGCUCAGUGCAUCACUAUGAGCUACAGCCGCUGCAGCAGCAGCCACCAGAGGACGUCAAACCCCGUGGCCUGGCUCGGCGGAGGCAGCAGCUAUCACAAGAGGGGCUUGGUCACAGCAGUGGACCUGCAGACCAAUACGGUCACCUCACAGGAGGUCGACACCAGCCCCGUCCUUUGCCUAGCAACAGUCCAAAUCCCAAACGAGGAAUGUGAUUGGCUUGUAGCAGGAACACAGUCUGGCUCCCUACUGGUCAUCAGCACUAAGGACGUGUCCUCUUGGCACCACCUGCAGAGCGUUAGCGACGCCGUCACCUCACUCUACUUCCACGUACAUCCGCGGCGCACCCAAAGACAGAACUACUUGCUGGUCGGGACUGCAGACGGAGUUCUUAGUGUUUAUACUGAGUCUGCGCUCAUGCAGGAGGACGGUCAGCCUGUUAAAACUCUGACGGUUGGAAGCGUCAGCACUCCUCUGCUCUGCCUGGGCCAGUCCACUCACUCGCUGGACAGCAGGACCGUGUGGGCUAGCUGCGGGACCAAGAUCCUCGCUUUCUCCGUCGACUACGACGUCUGCAAGGCCAUCGACACGAGGCCAAACCUCAUCUUCCACCAGCAGCGGUCUCUGAGCAGCGAGGCGUCCGUCUCCCGCAUGGUUGUGGACAAACACGUGUAUCUCAGCAAAGCUGGGACUCAGACUGUCGAGGUGUGGGAUAAAAGGAGUGAGAGGAUGGUGGAUUGCAUCGACUGCGCUCAGAUCAUCAGGCGUGAUUCUGGCUGCAGAGUGGAGCCGUCCGCCGAGGUUUCCCCCACCUGGGCCACGGUGAAGGCCCUGAUGAUGCAGAACACUGCAGCUCUCUGGAUCGGCACUAGAGGGGGCUACCUGCUCCUGCUGGAGCUCUCCAAGCAUCAGACGCUGCAGGUGUUGGCGCCAUUGUGUGAUUCCGUUCGCUCCAUCGCCUCUGCUUUCAUACAGUCGUUAAACUGGAAGAACGCUGUGCUGGUUUUGGGUCGGAGGCUCCCACGAGACAAGAACCAUGACGAUGAGGAGUCGGUGCUGAUGGUGUGGAACAGCAUGUUGCCUCUGGAGGUCAAAGACCUGAAAAAGCACUGUGAGAAGAGAGAGCGAGCCGCAGCCAGAAUGAGGGAGCAGCUCCAUCACACCUGAGCCACAGAUGAGUCAGCCAAAAGGGAUUAACUCUUCAGCUGCAAUGAAGAGGAUGUUUUACCUCAGCAUCUAAAAACCAGGCGUACUUUUCACAGACUUUUCUGACGCUGGAUGUUGAAGACAGAAAGGCUGCGGCGCUCCUGCAGGAACCCUGGGAUUGACCGACUCAUGUUUGAUCAGACAAUAGGCGUCUUUAUCACCAUUGGUUUAAUCUGGGUUCUUUCGUCCUCAAGCAGAGAUGUGAACAAAAUCCUGCCCCGAAAAAAACAGAGGUGGAUUUAAACCUGGUGGACAACAGGACAGAAAAAAAACUGGAAAAAGACGCAAAAAGAAAAGCCAUUAAAGUGUCAUUUGAUUAUUUAUUUCUGUAUGUGUAAACAUAUGUAUAUAUAUACCGGUUUAUUAAUCUCUAAAUUUUCCAAUACUGCCUGCUUUGUAAAUUUUUUCUGAUUGUAUUUACAUCCUUUUAGCUGAAUUUAUUGUGAUGCCAAACAAAGCAAGUCAGUAAAGCUAUUUUGUACAUGGUACUGACUCUCGGUUUCUGUUGAUCAAAUCUGUUUUUUCUUUUUUUUUAUUUGCUUAAAAAUAUUUAUGAUGCUAAUGUACAAUAAAUCUGACAGUAUUUUCCA